AUGGUCGCCGACGCGCUCGCCUACCACCCCUCGGUCGCGCACUACCUGCGCUUCGUCGCCACCACCGUCGGCCGCGACAAGCUCCUCCGCACCGUGCAGUACUUUGCCCGCUUCUACGCCUGGUACCUGCUGCGCACCAACGCCGCCCAGGCCGGCAUCCGGCCCUGGGACGCCGCCAAGAAGCAGCUCGGCCUGACGCGCAAGAUGCUCCGCGUCGGCAAGAACGUCGAGCACCUGCGCGCCGCCGCCGCCGCCGUCGCCGACGCCAAGCCCCGCUCGCCCGACGGCUUCCUGCGCUACGCCGCCGUCGGCCGCCAGCUCGGCUACGCGGGCUACCUGACCCUUGACGCCGCCGCGCUGCCCGACGCGGCCGGCAUCCGCGCCUGGGCGGGCGCCAGGACGGCCCAGGCCCACGCGUACCGCUGCUGGGCCGCCGGCCUGGUCUUCAGCAUCGCCGCCCAGCUGUACACGCAGCGGCGCCUGGCGCAGCGCGAGGCGCGCAUCGACCGCAAGGACGGCGAGGGCGUCGUCGAGAGCAAGCGCAUCGCUCUAGAGCGACGUGCUAGCCACCUGCAGCUUGUGUCCGACCUCUGCGAUCUCACCGUUCCCGUGGCCGCCCUCGGCUGGGUCGGCUUUGACGACGGCUUUGUCGGUCUCGCCGGCACGCUGAGCAGUCUGAUCGGCGUCUACAACCAGUGGAAGAAGACUGCGUAG